AAAUUCGGUUUCAUUCAUACAUACUUCCAACAACUCCAUCUUUCUCUAUCUAUCUAUCUAUCUAACUUCUCCUUCUUACAUUUCAAGCUUCACGGCGGCCAUUGUCGGAAUCUGGUCGCCGGGUUGAGCCGCAUCUUCUUGAUUUGUCUUAGAUUUGGUUCAAUUUCCAACUGGGUAGUACCUAUUUGUAAUGCGACAAAGAAUGUCGAAGAUUUUGGUGGGAAAUCGAGAGCAGGGUGUUCUUGAUCCCAUAAAACACUUGAUUCUUUGAGGUCUGUGCGAAAGAACUUGUAUUUCCGUGAUUUUUUUGAGGUGUAUACUAUUUACUAAAGAAUAAUCGGUCAUUCACAUUGUUGGUAUUCACGAGAUUGAAGGAUUCGGUAUAUUUGUAUUUAAUUCGUCAAUGUAUGUGGGUUAUGAUUCAUUAUUUUACAGCGAAGAUUAGAAUAUCGAUGCAAUUUCUUUCUUUAUUGAGUUAAUUAGUCGUCUCGUCAGAGAGAUCCGAUUCCGUCCUGUUGUUUCACGUCAAUUAGGGUUUAAAUAUUCGGAUCAACCAAACCCAGAUUUCUUCAUCAAGAGGAGCGACCCUGGGUCUUCCCCAUUGUUCUGCUGAUGGUAUUAAAAAUGGGUAAACCAGAGGAUGUAGAUGAUGAUGACAAGUGUAAAUGCAAGGAAGGAGGAGCGGUGAAUGUGGUGAGUGUGAUUUUUCUUGGGGAAGGCAAAGGGGAGAAAUCGAAUCCAAUGGUAUUCCGAGCGAGAAUGAAGCUAUGGAUGAAAAGAGUGACGUUAUCAUUGUUGCUUUGGAUUGGCGCAGUUCAGUUAAUGGCAUUGGAUGACACAUGGCGACCCAGAUUGCUGAAAACCUGGCCUUCUUGCUCUGGACAUCAUUCAGAUCCCCACAACACAGUUCCUCGUCCUCCCAAAAGAAUCUACACGAACAAUGGUUAUCUAAUGGUUUCCUGCAAUGGAGGACUCAACCAAAUGAGAGCAGCAAUAUGCGAUAUGGUCAGUAUUGCAAGAUAUCUGAAUGUCACUCUGAUUGUUCCAGAGCUGGAUAAAACUUCUUUCUGGGCUGAUCCAAGUGAUUUCCACGACAUAUUUGAUGUUGAUCAUUUCAUUACCUCUUUGAGAGACGAAGUUAGAAUACUAAAAGAAUUACCACCAAGGCUUAAACGGAGAUUGGAAUUAGGAAAGUUUCACUCCUUACCACCAAUUAGCUGGUCCAACAUAUCCUACUACAAGAACCAGAUCCUUCCUUUAUUCCGCAAGUAUAAAGUAGUACAUUUAAACCGGACAGAUGCUAGACUAGCUAAUAAUGGUCUUCCACUCGAUAUUCAGAAUUUACGUUGCAAAGUGAAUUUUCACUCUCUGAGAUUUACUUCUCAGAUUGAGGAAUUGGGUAGAAAGCUCGUCAAGAUUUUGAACAAGAACGGCCCUUUUGUUGUCCUCCAUCUUCGAUAUGAAAUGGACAUGCUCGCGUUUUCCGGCUGCUCACACGGCUGUACGAACGAGGAAGCGGAUGAAUUGACGCGAAUGAGGUAUGCUUAUCCAUGGUGGAAAGAAAAAGUAAUAGAUUCCGAGUUCAAAAGGAGAGAAGGGUUAUGUCCUUUGACCCCUGAAGAAACCGCUUUAGUAUUGAAAGCGUUUGGUAUUGAUACUAAAUAUCAAAUUUAUAUCGCUGCCGGAGAAAUCUACGGUGGACAAAGACGAAUGGCAAGCCUGGCGGCCGCUUUCCCCAAAUUGGUAAAGAAGGAAACGCUGCUGGAGCCUUCGGAUCUGAUGGUUUUCCAGAACCAUUCGUCGCAAAUGGCUGCUUUAGACUAUUUGGUGUCUCUUGAAAGCGACAUAUUUAUACCUACCCACGACGGAAACAUGGCUAAGGUGGUUGAAGGACACCGCAGAUUUCUAGGAUACAAGAAGACAAUUGCAUUGGACAGGAGGGUUCUAAUUGAUUUGAUCGAUAGAUUUAAAAAUGGAACAAUGAGCUGGAAGUCUUUCUCAUCGAAUGUUAAGGAAACCCAUUCAGGUCGAAUGGGUAACCCAAGAAAACGGAUUGUGAUCCCCGAGAGACCUAAAGAAGAAGAUCAGUUUUAUGCCAAUCCACACGAGUGUUUAUUACAGUCAGUUAGUUAAGAAGGAUGCUAGUCUGGUGACAGUUGGGUUAGGGUUCGAUGAAUGCAGACAAAAGAGUAGGUAUAGAGAUUUUUCAACCCUGCAUUGCUCGAAGAAGUAAGCCGAUUCAUAUACAGUCAGCCAGUCUUCUAUUAUUAACGUUUUCUUAAUGAGUAAGAUCAGACAGAUUGUGAAUAUAAUAGAUGUGAGUUGAGUCUGAAAAGUCAUCCUUAGUUUGUACUUUGGAUGAUUUCAUUGCUUUGUUACUUGUUUCAGUUAUGGUAUAUUUGAUUUAUAUUAUGAUAAUUAAUGGUAAAAGAAGCAAUGCCAUGUUUUCUUAU